AAGAAUUUUAAAAUACGGAUUACGUAGGACAAGAAAAAUAAACUUUCCUUAAUUUCAUCAAAUAUUAAUCGCGUUUAAUCGAUAUCGAUUACUAGAUGACUAUUUGGGUUUUCGUCCGCCAAAAAUUUGCUAGCCGGUACAAUCUUCUCAACAUUAAUAAAAAAUGGCAAAUGUUUACCCUGUUAGUGACGGUGUAACCAAAGAAGUAAUUCGCCCUGGACAAGGCAACGUUCCGCAGCGAGGAAGUACAAUCACCGUUCAUUGUACUGGUUGUUUAGCAAAUCCUCUUAAAAAGUUCUGGAGUACUAAAGAUCCAGGCCAAUCUCCAUUUACUUUUCAAGUAGGAUUGGGAAAGGUUAUUAGAGGCUGGGAUGAAGCAUGCCUGACAAUGCAGUAUGGAGAGAUUGCCAAGAUAUUGAUUCGCUCUGAUAAAGGAUAUGGAAGCCAAGGCUUUCCUGCCUGGGGUAUUCAUCCGAAUGCUGAUUUAUUAUUUGAAAUUGAAAUUCUCAGUAUUCAAUAAAAUGACAAGAAAUAUUGUCAUCUAGGUGUUAAUUUCAUUUCAUCUUUUAUCUGGAUGGCACAGCUUCUUUUAUUUUGUAUAUUUUUAUUUUUCUGUGAAAAAUAAAAUUUGAAACUAUUAUGGUCAA